UCUCCUCAUUCUUCUUUUUAUCUGCAUCAUCAAAUAUUGUUUUGGUCUAUUUCCGUUUCUGCCUCCGUCGUUCCUUGCUGUUACAGGUUCGUCUCUGUAAUUUGCUUCGACCGAGGAAAACCACCACAUGUCGCCAUCGUCACCGUCUAUUUCGCCAUCUUUUAACAAUAUCAAUAAUGGAGUUGAAGAACAACAAUACGUAAACCAUGAGCCGAUGUUUGUACCUGUUCUCAAUCCAUCAAUACUGUAUGUCGAGCAGAUUAAGCCAGCUUCCAUGAACAAGGGCAAGAGAAUCAACUGCUUAAUUAAUUUGACAGUAAGAUUAUAUAUAGAGGCAGAGAAUCUGAUUGUUGGAUUACAAAGACAACACUGA